AUGGCUGACCGUAACACAUACCUGACCUACAAGCGCGACCAGAGUCGCCUUGUUUAUUGGAUCCUCCAAACCUCAGCUGAGAUCACUCAGCAACACCCAUCAGAGGCUGCUACAGCCAUCAACUCCACUGGAGUGGUGUCUUUGACCACACUCCAGUCCCUAUCGGCUCUGAUAGCCAAACAUCUCCACCCGAUUCCGACAACGAUCUUUCGGCUUUUUGGAUCGAUCAUUGAUGCCAGAAAGAAAACACAUGACAUCUUCUUGAAGGUCGCCACAUCGGCUCAAGAAUCAGAAAUCCAAAAAAGCAACGAAUCCCACAAGCACUGGAUCGAUGGCCUCACUAUCGCGUUCCAUGCCCUGGGAGGGAAGCUCUGGGUAGCAGAGAAGAGUGCCCGCAAUGAUGUGCCCGACGGAAACGACGAGGAAAUCAUCUUUACAUACAUGUUCUUCGACGUUAAACCUGGACAACAAUACAAAGGCUGA